AUGAGAGCCCAGCUGGUGUGUGUGGUGCUGCUGGCCUUGGCCUCCUGCAGCCUCUGCUCAGAUUCAGAAGAGGAAAUGAAAGCAUUAGAAGCAGAUUUAUUGACCAAUAUGUACACAUCAAAGAUUAACAGAGCAAAACUUCCUUACUGGAAAAUGACCCUGCUAAAUGUCUGCAAUCUUGUCAACAACAUAAACAACCAAGCGGGGGAAACAGUAGAGGUAGAUGAAGAGGAUCUUGUUUCAGGAAGACAGUUUCCUGCUGCUCUGGAUGGCUUCAGCUUGGAAGCAAUGCUGACAGUAUAUCAACUUCAAAAAGUUUGCCACAGCAGAGCCUUUCAGCAUUGGGAGUUACUUCAGCAAGAUGCUUUUGAUCUAGAGAACUCAAGCCAAGACAAGGAAAUAAUGAAAAGAAAAAAUCCCUAUAUUCUGAAACGGCAGCUACAUGUGAACAAAGCUAGAAGACCAUACAUACUCAAGAGAAGUUCAUAUUACUGAUGCAGCA